AUGCACUUUAGAGUCCUAAGGUUUUCCAGAGUGACCUUUCAGUUUGUUGUCGUUAAUUUCGGAGACUCCCCUAAAAUUUUGUUGUGA